AUGGGGUACCUCACUGGCCCUCUUCCCCAUGAUCUCUGCCAGCGGCAGACAGCUUUAAAUCGCCUCUCAACUGUUUAUGUCCUAGAAGAAAAAGCAGAAUCUGGCUAUUUUUCUGGCAUUUCUAGAAAUCAGGCAGCCCCUGGCAGAUGGCUGGUGGUGCACGAGCAGAUUGACUGGAGAGACAAGCGAUACAUUGAUGGAGAUAUCAUUUUAGGAAGCUGCCCAGGAGGUCUGGGGGUUCUCCAGCCCAGCGCACUGCUGCAACGCCACCGAACCCACACCCGUCAGGUCCAGGGAGUCUUCUCCACCCUUGCCAGCGGAGCAGCCGGCAGAGCUACAGUGGAUGCGCCCUUACAACUCUUCGAUCCCUGCCGCGCCCCCGCCAGCCCCGGCCCGGUGCCGCCUGCAGGGCCGCUGGGAGCCCUCCAGGGGGCGCUACCGCGGCGGCGUGCGGCCGCGGCGCCUCUCUUGGCGCACUCGGUGGCCUGCUGUCCGGUGCCGUGUUGGCGGAGGAGGCGUUGCUGUGGUAGCGGCGGGUACUGCCGCCGCCUUGGGCCUGCCGGGCCGGGGCCGGGGCCGGGGCCGGUCGUGGAGGCGAAGAAGAUGAACCUGCCGCGGGGCCCUGAGAACCUCUGCUUUGACAAGGACGAGUUCAUGAAGCCGGAUUUUGAUGUUGAUCACUUUGUAUCAGACUGCAGGAAACGUGUGCAGUUGGAAGAGCUCAGAGAGGAUCUGGAGCUCUAUUACAAACUCCUUAAAACUGCUAUGGUGGAACUCAUAAAUAAGGACUAUGCAGAUUUUGUUAAUCUCUCAACAAAUCUAGUUGGCAUGGACAAGGCUCUUAAUCAGCUUUCAGUACCCUUGGGACAGUUAAGGGAAGAAGUUAUGAGUCUUAAGUCAUGUGUCAGUGAAGGAAUUCAAGCAGUAGAUGACCGGAUGGCUAAACAAGAAGAUAUUAGAAGAAAAAAGAUGUGUGUCCUGAGACUUAUUCAUGUUAUUCAGUCUGUUGAGAAAAUUGAGAAGAUUCUACAUUCCCAAGGCACUAAAGAAUUGUCCUCGUUAGAGGGAAACAGCCCACUUUUAACUGGACAAGUUUUAGAGAGAAUUGCCACAGAAUUUAAUCAACUACAAUUUCACGCAGUACAAAGCAAAGGAAUGCCCCUUUUGGACAAAGUGAGACCACGUAUAGCUGGAAUAACAGCUAUGUUGCAGCAGUCUCUGGAAGGGCUGCUCUUGGAAGGCCUUCAAACUUCAAAUGUUGACAUAAUACGUCACUGUCUUCGCACUUAUGCAACAAUUGACAAAACACGAGAUGCAGAGGCAUUAGUUGGUCAAGUGCUUGUAAAACCUUACAUAGAUGAGGUGAUUGUGGAACAGUAUGUUCAAUCUCAUCCUAAUGGUCUUCAAGCUAUGUACAAUAAACUAUUGGAGUUUGUUCCUCAUCAUUGCCGUCUCUUGCGUGAAGUAACAGGGGGAGCUAUUUCAAGUGAAAAAGCAGAUAUUGUUCCUGGAUAUGAUUUCUUAGUGAAUUCAGUGUGGCCAGAAAUAGUACACGGUUUAGAAGAGAAAUUGCCAUCGCUGUUUAACCCUGGAAACCCAGAUGUGUUUCAUGAGAAGUACACUACUAGUAUGGAUUUCGUACGGAAAUUUGAACGACAGUGUGGCUCCCAGGCCAGUGUGAAACGGUUAAGAUCUCAUCCUUCUUACCACAGCUUUAACAACAAAUGGAAUUUGCCUGUAUAUUUUCAAAUAAGAUUCAGAGAAAUAGCAGGGGCCUUAGAAGAAGCACUUUCAGAUACGUUAGAGGAAGCACCAGCUGGCAGCUCAUACUGUCUUUUGGCCACUCACAUGGUCUGGACGAGUCUUCUGAAGUGCUGGUCAGAUCAAAUGUUUUUACCGUUAUUAGCACACCGUCUGUGGAAACUUAGUCUGCAAAUUUUGGCACGCUACUCUGUGUUCGUUGGUGAGGUUUCUGUAAGGCCCAUUUCCAGUGAGAAUAUGAAGGAAAGCAAAAAAUCAGUGCCAGUUGGUAGAAAGGAAUCUUCUGUAAGCCUCAACUCUAGUGAGGACCAAGGGAACGGGGCUUCUCCAGAAAGUCAGCCAUUGCCUUCUAUAUCUAGUACUCAGUUGGUAUAUGUUGCUGCAGAUCUGGACAAACUCCAGGAUCAGAUUCCUGAUAUCUUAGAAAUGAUUAAACCAAAACUUGAAAUGAUUGGCUUCAAGAAUGUAUCUUGUAUUGCAGGAGCCUUGGAAGACUCAAAGACUUCUUUAUCAGCCUGCAUGCCUACCUUGAAUAACAGGAUUAUCCAGGAUCUCAGUGAGUCCUCCUUCGCUUCCCUGAAGAGUGCACUGGAAGUUCCAAGACUAUAUAGGAGAACCAACAAGGAGGUGCCAACUAAAGCUUCACCUUAUGUUGAUAGUGCUCUUAAGCCCUUCUACCGGCUACAGAAUGAAUACAAAGAUACAUUGAAGCAGCCCAUGGUUCAUCAGUGGUUGGAAGGUGCCCUCUCUGAAAGCACACAAAAGUAUUAUGAAACUGUAUCUGAUGUGCUAAGUUCUGUUAAGAAAAUGGAAGAGAGCCUAAAAAGGUUGAAGCAAGCCAGAAGAACUACAACUUCAAAUCCUGUUGGUACAAAUGGGGGCAUGAGUGAUGAUAACAAAAUCCGACUACAGCUGGCUCUAGAUGUUGAGUAUUUUGGAGAACAAAUACGAAACAUGGGACUGGAAACAAGCAGCAUAAAAAGCUUUUCAGCCCUUACAGAGCUGGUUCUAACUGCCAAGGAUCAGGCUACAGCAGAACAAUCCUAGACGUUUUUGAAAGCAUGUGAUUGAAGAUAAACAAUGUCCCUAAAAGAAAGAGAGAGAAUUUAACUCUUCUUUAUUUUACCAAAUAAGUAGCAAUGAAGUGCUUCCUAAUGUAUCUCGAGCAACAAAUCAGUGGAUCUUCUGUCAAGAUAGGCUUGUUUCACCAAAAGACUGAGAAUUUACCAUAGUUUUCCAUUAUAUGGAAAGCAAUCAAAAGUUCUAAACUUUCUACUAUAGAAUAAAAGUGGAAGAAAAUGGUUUUUUAUUUUUGUUGUACAUCUUAAAAUGUAGAAGAAUGAACUUAUAUGAUGAAAAUAACAUGUAAUAAAUUGUCUUCCUAA